UCAGUUGUUUUGCAGAUUUAUCACUUGAGUUUGACUGUCUUAGUGUUUCUAUUGCUAUGAAGAGACACCAUGACCAUGGAAACUCUUAUAAAGGGAAACAUCUAACUGGGGUGGCUCGUGUACAUUUCAGAGGUUCAGUCCAUUAUCACCAUGGCAGGACAUGGCUGUGUGCAGGCAGACAUAGUGCUGGAGAAAGAGCGAGAGUUCUAUAUCUUGAUCUACAGACAACAGGAAAUGAAGUAACACUGGGCACAGCUUGAUCACAGAAGACCUCAAAAGCCUACGGUGACACUUCCUCUAACAAAGCCACACCUCCUAAUAGUGCCACUCCCUAUGAGCUUACUGGAGCCAAUUAAUUCAAACUACCACACUAACCUACUAAGACACAGCCUUGUAACUUUAAGAAUCCAUAGAAGUAAAGAAUUUUCUCAUUGCCUACUGUCUUCCCUCUUUCCGUAGUCAUUUUUCAGAAGAAAGGUGGUCAUAUCACUAUACCUGAGAGCAAACUCAUUUGAAGGAAAAGGACACUAGAAGGACCACAUCUAGAAUUGCAAGGAAGGAGAAAAGACCAUUAAGUACCUUGAGAAUUCUAGUGAAAUCCCAGAACCCCUGGAAAGUGGUAGAAUGCAGAGCCUAUUGACCACAGCAGUAGAAAAUUGUUUUGUUGGACGAAGCUUUGUGUUUGGAGUCACGAAUUUUGGAGAUAUAUGUGGACAUGAUUCAGACCCCAGUAACUUCUUGCAGCCAUGCUGUAAACACAAAGGAGAAGUCAGAACACUAACAGCUUCCCAGAUUGUUCUGCCUGACCCACAUAUUACAGGCUUUACUGUCAUUAGCUACCUAAAUCAGCUUUUGCACACUUCUAAUUUCAAGAAACAUCAUUGUGACUCUCAGGAGUAUAGCAGCCACUCCCUCACUUUAGACCACUCAGACAGUGAUCUUGGCAGCCUACAUGACUCUGUGCAAAUGUCCUGUUCUCUGGAGUCCUGCAGCAGAGAUGAUCUUCUCAGAUUCUGGCAGCCAUCACUUGAACUGACUUCGACUGAUUCACAAGUAACAGCUAAUGAUGACUUCUCAGCUUCAGAACAAAUCCCAGCCAGUGGUACUCCUGACCAAAACAAACAGGGCAUCUCAUUUUCCAAAGCCACUGGUUCUAAGAACUGUCAUGAUUCCCUUCAGAGUUCCCAGAGCCUUGUUUCCUGUAUGGACAAGAAUAAUACAACAAGAAAGCAGGACAGAGAAUUUGGUUUACAGGCUAAUCAUCUGAGUCCAAUUUGUCCCAGUUUUCAUGAAACUAGGCUGUCUGAUUCUAAUUUAGUCCCUUCACAAACAGAAGAACUUUUUCACGGAGAUAAUGCAGAAUGCUACAGUGAAUCAGAAAUUAAAAAUGAAUAUUCCCAAUAUGACAUCCCAUGUUACCAGCAUCGUGACAUAAAUACUACCACAAUCCUUCAAGAGAGACCAGCAUUUUCUUUGUCAUCACUCAAACCUGAAGAAACAAGUGCUUCUCAGAACUGUGACUCUUUGAUUUGGGAUGAUCUACCAUUCUCUGAAAGCCUGAGCAAGUUUCUGGCAGUUGUUGAAAGUGAGAUUGCUGUAACUAAGACAGAUACUAAAGACAGAAAACAGGUUACAGAUAAUGACAUGGAUAAAUUCCAUACAGACCACAGCAGGUUAUCUGUGACUCCCAGGAGAAAUACUGGAGCAUUAAGUACAUCUCCUUUACACUUAAGAUCAUCACAAGCAAUGGUUAAAGAAAACUCCAGGAAAAAGACCUUUUCCAACUGUGAGUCUAAUCUAAGCCCUCAAAUUCAAAGAGAAUCAAAACCUGACAAGACAGCAGAGGCUGUCUCCAUAGGCAGUGAUAGAAGUGGUAUCUCAGAGUUUUUUCUACAAGAUACUGGUCUUUCAGCUCUGUUUACAUCUUCAAAAGACAUGGAAGCAUCUGUUCCCCAGAGGACUGCUGGGAUCCUACAACAAAGGGAUAUGAUUUCAUUCAGGCCUUCAACAAGUAACUGUUCUUAUCUUAGUAACAAAUCUUUUAAUGGAUGUAGAGAAAAAUCACAUUCAGAAACAAAAGAAAAAUUGACAAGCUUAUGUUCUGAGAAAUACAGUAAUGUUUCUGAUCUUCACAAAUUAGAAAAUAAGCAGUAUUAUAGAUGGUCAAAGAACCAAGAUGACAAUCUUACAAUAUGCCGGAAACUUACGUAUCCUUUAGAGAAUCUUUGCAGUAGUCCAAAAAAUACAAAUACAGCAAAAGAGUUAUCUCACAGGCCUAUCAAUAAUAGCUUAACACAAAGUUAUUCUGCUGAUCAUGAUGGUACCUACAAUGCUUCUACUGAUCUUUUUGAUGAUAUUGCUAAAAAUAAGGACAUUGAAACAGAAAUUACCAAAAUACCACAGGAUAUCUUGUUACCAUGGGAAGCAUUUUGCACAGAAAACUAUCCUAUAGACGAAAAAGGCAGCCAGCCUUCACAAAAACUACCCUUACAAGACAUAGCAACGUCAGAGUAUCUGAGAGCAAGUUCUCAGUCAGAUUCAGAAUGUGAUUUUGAAGAAAGCCAAGACUUUGUUCCAUGUUCACAGUCUACUCCAGUUGCAGGCUUCCACCAAAGAAUUCGUAGCUUACAUGGACCUUUCAAAAUGUUUCCUUCCUUAUAUUCAAAUCUUAAUGCUAACUAUACAAAAACAAAAAUUUCUCCUGAAAAUGGCAAACGUCAAGCUACCUCAACCUGCCCAAAGAAUGUAAAAACACCUAGCCAGAAAUCCAGAAGUCCUGAUAUAUCUAGUUUGACAAAACCAGAGAUUUCCAGCCCCUCCUCCACUGCUGAGUGCCUUGAAAGCGAUGUGGAUGAAUGGGUACCCCCUACCACCCAAAAAGUAUUUCUUUCAGAUAUCCUUGGAUUCAGAGUCGCAUGUUUAAGGAAAUGUCUUGCUAUCCAUUCUUCCCCCGACCAAAAAGAGUUACCAAGAAAGAAACCAACAAAAGUCACACAUAAAACCGACAUGUUUAGUUAAAAGUUAAGAAAUAUAUUUACAGCUACAGUUGCAAAAUUGGAAGCAUCCUAAGCAUAUCUAUAAAUGGUCAGAUUGAAAAUAAGAAAAAAACCAUUUUAGGGUGUUUUUUCAGAAGUCAAAAUUUGCCUUCCAUUUUCAGAAUACUGCCACUUUAGUGUCUGAAACAAAAAAUACUUGGUCAUCAAAAUUAUCAUAUCACAUAAAGUCAUAUGAACCCAAUUCACAGAAAUUUUAAGUAAAGGCAAAUCUGUUUGAAAUUUUUGUUUUCACUGACAUAGAAUGCAAUCCUUAUAUUUUAAACACUUAACCAAAAAUCGGUCAUGAAAAAUGGACUGUACUGAGUUGAGUGCUGUUGGAUCUUUCAAGGUUUCCUCAAGGUGUUUUUUUCCUCCAGAAUACUAUGAUGUAGAUAACUGAGCACUUUAUCUUACAUUGGCUGUACUAAUCUGUUGAUUGUGUAUUUAAAAGUAUUUGUUAAAAUAUAGACAUCCAGAAAUAAAGCCUUUACAAACCA